AUGGCUCCCUUAGCCGAGGUCGGGGGCUUCCUGGGCGGCCUGGAGGGCUUGGGCCAGCAGGUGGGCUCGCACUUCCUGCUGCCUCCUGCCGGGGAGCGGCCGCCUCUGCUGGGCGAGCGCCGGGGCGCGGCGGAGCUGGGCGCCCGCGGCGGGCCCGGGGCUGCGGAGCUGGCGCACCUGCACGGCAUCCUGCGCCGCAGGCAGCUCUACUGCCGCACCGGCUUCCACCUGCAGAUCCUGCCCGACGGCAGCGUGCAGGGCACCAGGCAGGACCACAGCCUCUUCGGUAUCCUGGAAUUCAUCAGUGUGGCAGUGGGACUGGUCAGUAUUAGAGGUGUGGACAGUGGUCUUUACCUUGGAAUGAAUGACAAAGGAGAACUCUAUGGAUCAGAGAAACUGACUUCUGAAUGCAUCUUUAGGGAGCAAUUUGAAGAGAACUGGUAUAAUACCUAUUCAUCCAACAUAUAUAAACAUGGAGACACUGGCCGUAGGUAUUUUGUGGCACUUAACAAAGAUGGAACUCCAAGAGAUGGUGCCAGAUCUAAAAGACAUCAGAAAUUUACACAUUUCCUGCCUAGACCAGUGGAUCCAGAAAGAGUUCCUGAACUGUACAAGGACCUACUAAUGUACAGUUGA